CCGAUUUUUUCUGCCGGGAACACACAGACAAGAUUUCGCCAUGGGGGUUUAUCUCGCCGCUGAAGUGUCGCCGAAAAUUGAUCACCUUUGUGAGGGGGUGACAGGCAUUCAGAGAAGAGUAGAUAUCUCUUUAUCAAAUCAGAGGCCAUGCCCGGUGUACCGUAGUAGUAAAAUUAUUGUAGUUAUCGCAGCUCUUCAAUUUACUUGCCUUAUUCCCCACACAACCCACAGGGGAAACACAACCACGCCAUCCCGCCAGACCCUGCAGUACUCUACUUUGAGCGACUUUGAGGUACCCUUUUACUCGGAUCUUUGCCACAACUUCUUUCCCAUAUCAGAGUUAGAUAAAGUAGUUUUGAGCAAUUACAAGUACCAGUACUUUUCACUCAACAUCCACGGCUGGCGACCGCCUUUUUGUUCAACGCCCCUGGACGACCUCGCCGUCGCUCACACCCUCUCACACUCUCUCACUCUCUCUCUUUCUCUCUCUGCCCCUCAAAACCACUGUAUCUUCGAAACUCCAAUUCCUCUUGUUCCGCGCUCGGAACGUUUAUUUCAUCCUUCGUCUUCUCACUCCCUUUCCUCCAUUUUCUAAUCCUUUUUUUUUCCCCUCUGCUCCCACUCCUUAGCCCGACUUUUUAUUUUACCCUCCUUUCAACUAUCACCAUGUCUGCGCGUCCCAGAAAUGUUGGCAUUAAGGCCAUUGAGAUCUACUUCCCCAAC